AUGGGUACACAAUUUCAUGAUGAGCCUCUAUAUGCAAACCACGCAUGGUGUCACUUUAGUGAUGAACAAUCAAACCGUUAUUUACGGCGCAUGAAGCUUGCAACAUUCAGGGGGAGAUUCUCAUCAGGGGGAGCAUCCAGAAUUCGGGAAGCAUUAGGUUCCGGCCUGAGGUUAAAUGGGAUACAAAAGGGAGCGUGUGUGGGACUCGUUUUCAUAAACAGACCAGAGUGGUUGAUUGUGGAUCAUACUUGUUCUGCAUAUUCUUUUAUCUCAGUUCCUCUAUACGAUACCCUUGGACCUGAUGCGGUUAAGUAUGUCGUGAAUCAUGCCAAUGUACAAGCAAUUUUUUGUUCUCCCGAUAACAUGAGCACUGUGAAGCACCCGAUGGCUGGGCGUCGUGGUGGUGGACGUGGUCAUGGAGGACGUGGUGGUUUUGAUCGUGAUUUUGAGAUUGAAGAACUCAAGAGGCAAGGGCAGGAACUUCAAGAACGAUUGGAUCAACGUAAUCUUCAUGGUAUUGAAGAUGAAAGGUCUAGUAGGAGUGCAGAAGAUGAAAAUCCUUUCCAUGAAGAUCCAAGUCAGAAUUCCAAUGGUGAAGAUUCUCCCCAUGCUGGCUCUCAAAAAAAUCGGAAUCGCCGACAAAGUUUUGACAUCAAGGAUGUUGAAGAUCACCGCAUGGUGAAAAUUGCUGCAGUGAAGUUGAGAAAACAAGCAUCCUCUUGGUGGGAAAAGCUUAAGAGGCAAAGAGAACGAGAAGGAAGAAGCAAGAUAAGGACUUGGGAGAAGAGGGAGCUGAAAAGAAAGUAUCUGCCGGAAGACUAUCGGCAAGAAAACUUCUUGAAGCUGCACAAUUUGAAACAAAGGGAGAUGUCUGUAGAAGAUUUUACUGGAGAAUAUGAGGACUUCAUGAUUAAAUCUGAUCUAGUGGAGCCGGAAGAGCAAACUAUAGCUUGGUAUCUUGUAGGUUUGAGACUGGAGAUUGGUAAUGUGGUUCAAUUGCAGCAAUAUUGGACUUUUAAUGAUGUUUGUAAGUUGGCUCUUAAGGUUGAGAAACAACAGAGGGAGAACAAAGAAAGUUUUGCAAAAUUUGCAGGUACUGAGAAGAGUGCUCAAGCUACAAUUAAAGUGCACAGAGACGAGACCUCAGCAAAGAUCAAUGCCCUCAGUGAUUCCUUGGUUCUGCAUCAAGAGGCUUUAGCAGCUUUGCGCCUCGAAAUCAUGGAAGGAUUCAAAGCUAUGAGGGAGAGAGCUGACACGGUCGAGAACUCCGCUUUGCGUUUUGGCUCGCUGCCACCACCUCUUAGUCCCUCGACUUUACCAAUGGUGAUUCUAGGGUACGCACAUGGAUAUCCAAAAGGGACAGCUCCUGUGUUUGCCACUGUUCAUGAUGUGGAGCUCUCAGUCACGGAUGGAGCUCUUGAACGUCAGAAGGGAGUUCAUAUUCACGAGAAGGGUGAAUCCAGCUUGGGUAAGUUUACUGUGAGCACGGCUUCCCCAUCUACUCAUUAUUUCCAACAUAUUGACUUUGCUCUCUCAGCUUCUACACCAAGCUCUCAGAUCCCACCAUCUUUACCCCUUGGAGGGCAUCCGACCUUCCCCUUUCCCCAACAUAUGAGCUAUCAGGGGGCCUCCUCUCAUUUUGGCCCUCCUCCAUACCAACCUUAUCUACCCCAUCUGUACUCUUUACCACCGUAUCCAUAUACCCACUUUGGCCACCACCAGCAGACCUACGCCACCACCACCACCCCCACUCCUCAAUAUAACUAUACACACCACCCUGCUCCACCUACACCACCUCCAAACACUCACCUAGACCCUUCCCUACCUUCCAUGCACCAAAUGAAGUUGGAGUUCACAAGUUUUGGGGGCGGAGAUCCAGUCGAGUGGCUCAAUAGAGCUGAGCAAUACUUUGAAUUUUUUCAAGUACCAGAAGAGAGAAAACUAGCAGUGGCUACUCUCCACCUAACAGAUAAGGCUGCAGAUCGUUGGCACAUGUUCAGGCACGAGUUUCCCAACUCAUGGCAAGGACUGGCCGAGCUACUCAUGCGUGAGUUUAGUGCGCAUAACUUAGGAGAUUACCAAGCUGCUCUAGGCCGUAUGUCCCAACCUGGAUCUGUGGAGAGUUAUAUGGAUCAGUUCACGAAGUUGUCUAGACGUGCUCCUGGGUUUUCGGCUCAAACUUUAUUGUCCUUUUUCAUGGAGGGAUUGAAAGAUAAUAUUCGAGCCCUUGUGAAGGCUCAGAGACCAACAACUUUGUAUGGGGCAUGUGAGUUAGCAAAGUUGUUUGAAGCUAGAGAGAAUCAACUGCGUGCUAACAGCAGAAAUGCAUUACAACAUAGGCCUAACCCUCCCAAUGGUAUAAGAGGAGUGGGAGCACCAUACAUGAAUCCUAUGGCGCUUGGUCAGCCUGUGAACCCCCCUCGGCCACAAGCUGCUCCUCUUAUGGCCGGAGAAAACCCCGGAGGCAAUAGACGGUAUACUCAGGCGGAGUAUCAAGAGCGUCGAGCCCGGAACCAAUGUUUUUUCUGUGAUGAAUUGUUCCGGCCCGGUCAUAACUACAGGAGAGGGCAAGCUCUCAUGGUAAUGGAAGUGUUGCCCGAAGAAGUAAUACAACCAGCACUAGAGGGAGGUCCGGAGGAGGUUGCUGAAAAUCAAGGUGAGGUGCAAGAGCAUGAAGUUGAGUUGAGAGCUAUGGGAGAUGGUAGCUCCACGUCCACCAUACAACUCAAGGGACUGUUGUCGAAGCGCCAAAUUCAUGUCCUAAUUGAUUCCGGGGCCUCUCACAACUUCAUAACUCCCUAUUUGGUACAAGCAACUCAGUAUCAUGUGCAACCUAUUCCUCCUUUGCGAGUCAGACUAGCUAGUUGUGAAGUGGUUUUGGGGGCUAUUUGGCUCAAAACACUUGGAGACAUAUUAUGGAACUUUGAGACCAUGAGAAUGAGGUUUGCAUUCCAAGGAAUGGUUUAUAGCUUGCAAGGACUCACAGAACCUCAAACCUCAAUAGUGAGUUGUAAAACUAUGCACAAGUUGCUCAAGAAAGAGAAAGAGGCUGUGUUGGUGCAAGUUAGUCUUCACACAACCAGCGUUCAUAACACUGUGGUGCAUCCUGAAAUCCAGUCACUUAUUCAGAAGUAUCAGGAUGUGUUUGCAGCUCCAACCUCUUUGCCCCCGGCAAGAGCACAGGACCACAGGAUUGAGUUGUUGCCGAAUACUCCACCGAUUAACGUGAGGCCAUACCGUUAUCCUCACUUCCAGAAGAAAGAGAUAGAGAAGAUAGUCCAAGAACUAGUUGACAGUGGAGUAGUACGUCCUAGUGUUAGCCCCUAUUCGUCUCCAGUUUGUCUUGUGAAGAAGAAGGAUGGGUCUUGGCGCCUCUGUGUGGAUUAUAGAGCCCUCAAUGCUGUUACCAUCAAAGAUAAAUAUCCUAUUCCUGUUGUUGAUGAGCUAAUUGAUGAAAUCAGAAUGGCAGAAGAGGACAUUCCAAAGACAGCUUUCCGGACUCACACAGGCCAUUAUGAAUUCCUGGUGAUGGCUUUUGGUCUCACUAAUGCACCUUCAACUUUUCAGUCCUUGAUGAAUGAUGUUCUCAGAGACCUUCUCGGAGAUUGUCAUUCUCUGAAAGUCAAGGCCAGUAAGUGCACCUUUGGGUCGGACACAGUGGAGUACCUCGGCCAUGUGAUCAGUAAGGAGGGUGUGGCAGUAGAUCCCUCUAAGAUAGAGUGUGUGAAAAAUUGGCCUUUACCAGCUACUUUAAAGGAGUUGAGAGGUUUUUUGGGACUUGCUGGCUACUAUAGGAAAUUUGUUAAAGGGUUUGGCAUCAUUGCUCGACCACUAACCAACAUGCUCAAGAAAGAUGGUUUUCAUUGGGAUGAAGAGGCUGUGCAGGCUUUCAAAGAACUGAAGAAUGCUUUGGUGACCACACCAGUUUUGGCUAUACCAGACUUUUCCAAGGAAUUUUCCAUAGAGUGUGAUGCAUCUGAUCUAGGCAUUGGUGCAGUUUUAGCACAAGAUGGUCACCCGGUGGCGUUCAUGAGUAAAGCUCUCAGUCAAAAACACCUUGCCUUAUCAGUAUAUGACAAGGAGAUGUUGGUUGUGGUCACUGCUGUUCAACUUUGGCGUCCAUACUUGUUGGGACACCAUUUCACCAUCUUCACUGACCACAAGACUAUAGAGCAUUUCCUAACUCAGCGAAUCACCACUCCUGCCCAACAAAAAUGGUUGAUCAAGUUACUUGGAUAUGAUUACACCAUCAAACACAAGGCUGGGAAACUAAAUGUGGCUUCAGAUGCUUUAUCAAGGUCAGUUUCACUGAAUGCAAUUACAGGCUCUUCACAACCCAUCCAUGAUUACUUAACUGAGAUGCAGGAUGCUUGCAACAAGGACUCUGAGACUUCUAAGAUUAUCAAAGAGCUACAAGCGGACUCCAAUGCUCAUAAGCACUUCAGGUUGUGCAAUUCGCAACUGUUGUACAAACACAGAGUGUAUGUACCAUUGGUGGAUUCUUGGAGAGAGAAGAUUAUGAAGGAGUUUCAUGAAGGGUACGUAGGAGGUCAUACAGGCAAGUCUAGAACCUACAUGAGGUUACAUCAACAUUUUGCUUGGCCGGGAGUACAAAAAGAUGUUAAGAAGUUUGUAGCUCAAUGCAACAUUUGCCAACAACAACACUAUGAAGCCACAAAGCCACCUGGUCUGUUGCAACCUAUCAGUAUCCCACAGACAGCUUGGAGUGUCAUUUCCAUGGAUUUUAUAGAGGCUCUACCUAAGUCUGAAGGUAUGACAGUGAUAUCUCCUGAAAUGAUUUUAUUACAGGGCCGCAGUUGCCUGCAGCCUUUUUGCCCUCCUAAUUCCAAAGAUGUUGCGACCAUAUGUUACACAAGCGGUACAACUGGAACACCAAAGGGUGUUGUGUUGACUCAUGGAAACUUAAUAUCAAGUUGUGCUGGAUUCAGUCGUGCAUUGCGAUUCUGUUCAUCUAAUAUUUACAUAUCCUAUCUUCCUUUGGCACAUAUCUAUGAGCGAGCUAAUCAAAUUGUCGUACUGUACUUUGGUGGAGCUUGUGGCUUCUACCAGGGGGACAAUCUGAAAUUGAUGGAUGACCUGGCUGUAUUAAGACCGACACUAAUUUGCAGUGUUCCGCGGGUGUACAAUCUAAUCUAUGCUGGAAUUACCGUCGUAAUUCUCGUUUUGAAGUGUCCUAUUCCACAUCUAUGUCACCCUAGCUAUCUCACGAACUUUUCCUAUUUCUUUGUUUCAGAAGUAAAACUAGUCGAUGUCCCUGAAAUGAAUUACACCUCUGACGACCUGCCAUAUCCUCGUGGGGAAAUUUGUGUCCGAGGUCCCAUUGUCUUCCAAGGCUACUACAAAGACCAACUGCAGACGAAAGAAGUAAUUGAUGAUGAAGGUUGGCUGCAUACUGGAGACAUUGGUUUGUGGUUACCUGGAGGCAGGCUUAAGAUUAUUGAUAGGAAAAAGAACAUCUUCAAGUUGGCAGAGGGUGAGUAUGUAGCACCGGAGAAGAUAGAGAAUGUCUAUGCCAAGUGCCAAUUUGUUGCCCAGUGUUUUAUUUACGGUGAUAGCUUUAAGUCCUGUUUACUAGCUAUAAUUGCAGUGGAUCCUGAUGUAUUGAAAGAGUGGGCUGCAUCUGAAGGCAUAAAGUACGAAGAUCUCAGACAAUUGUGCAAUAAUCCAAGAGUAAGGUCUGUAGUUUUGGCUGACAUCUCAAGACCUUUCGAUGUCACUCAAGAGUCAAGACCGAGGCGGGAUCGAGUCGAACUCAAAGAGAGACAUGAGGAGGAGGACGAGAAGCAGAUCGGUGAACGCGAGAGUUGGGAUCUUCGAGUCUCCACGAGAGAAGUGGGAUUUGGGACAGGAGAGUUCGUCUCCGUAGAAGCAAAGGUUCCUCUUCAUGCCAGGCAAUGGAGUGAACCUGGGAAUGGUUCUGGUCCUAGGCUAGAUCUAUUUGUUGUUUUGGACGAUAGGCCUAGCCUGUAA